AUGAUGCGCACCAGUGAUUUCGAUUACCACCUGCCGCAGGAACGAAUCGCUCAAACUCCCGCCGAGCCUCGAGACGCCUCUCGUCUAUUGGUAUUGCACCGGGACACCGGGUCCCGUGGCGGCGAGCCCGGAAUCGAACACCGCAAAUUCCGCCAGCUGACUGAUUACCUGCGUCCCGGCGACCUGAUGGUGUUCAACCGUAGUCGCGUCAUUCCCGCUCGGCUGCAUGGCGUGGAAACUCGGUCCGGCGCACGGGUGGAGGUUUUGCUGGUGCGCCGCACCGAACCCAACGUCUGGCAGGCCCUGGGGCGUCCGGGCCGCCGUCUUCGCGUCGGCGCAGAGGUGAUGGUAGGGUCUGACACGAUUGGGGUACGCAUCGAGAUUAUCGCGACCCACCAAAACGGGUUGCGCACCGUCCGCCUUUCUGACGAGGCGCUGAUCGAACGAUUCGGGGAGCUGCCCCUGCCGCCUUAUAUUAAGGAAACUCCGGACGACCCCAACCGCUACCAAACGGUGUACGCCGAUGCGCCGGGCAGCGUGGCAGCGCCGACCGCCGGCCUGCAUUUCACCGAUCGGCUGCUCGAUGACAUCCGGGCCCUGGGUGUAAAACACCGCGUGGGUCACGCUGCACGUCGGGCUCGAUACAUUUCGUCCGGUGAACGAAGAAGACAUCGGAGAGCAUAA